CUUCAAACUCACACGCAAAAGGUACCCCCACUUUCUCUCUCUAAAAUCUCUCUCUGAAAAAAAAAAAAAAAAAAAAAAAAAACACAAAUCCAGUAAUGGCUAUUGCUAGCACUAGUUCUCUCCUUCCUACCAAAACUUUGAUUCAAACCCAAUCUCUCUCAUCUUCUUCCCAAACCCACCAGCCUUCUCUCCCCAAAUCCCUCAGAUCCGUCAAACCCAUCUCCGCCGUCCAUUCCCCCGAGCCCUCCAAGAACCCCAUCGUCUCCGACAAGCCACCGAAGCCAACCACUUCGGCGGCGGCGGCAACCUCGGCGGCCGCGACGGUGACGAAGCCUGAUACUGUUCCGAAGAAAUGGACUGUCGAUAGCUGGAAGGCGAAGAAGGCUCUUCAGCUUCCGGAGUACCCAGAUCAGGAAGAGCUCGAAACGGUUCUCAAAACCCUCGAUGCGUUCCCUCCGAUUGUGUUCGCCGGAGAGGCUAGGCAUCUCGAGGAACGCCUCGGCGAGGCUGCUAUGGGCAAUGCGUUUUUGCUUCAAGGUGGAGAUUGCGCUGAGAGUUUCAAGGAGUUUCACGCGAAUAACAUUCGAGACACUUUCAGGAUUAUCCUCCAGAUGGGUGCUGUGUUGAUGUUCGGUGGACAAAUGCCAGUAAUCAAGGUGGGAAGAAUGGCCGGUCAGUUUGCGAAACCCAGAUCGGAUCCAUUUGAAGAGAAGAAUGGUGUGAAGCUUCCGAGUUACAGAGGUGACAAUAUCAAUGGAGACGCCUUCGAUUUGAAGUCGAGAACUCCGGACCCACAGAGGUUGAUCAGAGCCUACUGUCAAUCUGCAGCAACUCUCAAUCUCUUGAGGGCUUUCGCCACCGGAGGGUACGCCGCCAUGCAACGAGUCACCCAGUGGAAUAUGGAUUUCACAGAGCACAGUGAGCAGGGAGAUAGGUAUCGGGAACUAGCUAACCGAGUUGAUGAGGCCCUUGGAUUCAUGUCUGCUGCUGGACUUACAGUUGAUCAUCCUAUCAUGACAACCACUGAUUUUUGGACAUCGCAUGAGUGCUUGCUCUUGCCUUAUGAGCAGUCACUUACCAGGAUGGAUUCAACUUCCGGCUUGUACUAUGAUUGUUCUGCUCAUUUCCUCUGGGCUGGGGAACGAACUCGGCAACUUGAUGGUGCCCAUGUUGAGUUCUUGAGAGGAAUUGCUAAUCCCCUUGGAAUUAAGGUGAGUGACAAAAUGGACCCUAAUGAGCUGGUUAAGCUCAUUGAGAUAUUGAAUCCUCAGAACAAACCAGGGAGGAUUACAAUUAUCACAAGAAUGGGAGCAGAGAACAUGAGGGUGAAGCUUCCUCAUCUAAUUAGGGCAGUUCGCAGGGCAGGGCAAAUUGUAACUUGGGUUAGUGAUCCUAUGCAUGGCAACACCAUCAAGGCUCCUUGCGGUCUCAAAACUCGCCCCUUCGAUGCCAUCAGGGCCGAAGUGAGAGCCUUCUUUGAUGUGCAUGAGCAAGAAGGGAGUCACCCGGGUGGAGUUCAUUUAGAGAUGACUGGCCAAAAUGUGACAGAGUGCAUUGGUGGGUCACGAACUGUGACCUUUGAUGACCUGAGUUCGCGCUACCACACCCACUGUGAUCCUAGGCUUAACGCUUCUCAAUCUCUGGAGCUUGCUUUCAUCAUUGCAGAGCGACUACGAAAGAGGCGGCUCGGAUCACAGAAUUCAUUAAAGCUGUAAAAUGGCUUCAUCAAGAGACCCUCCAAAUAUGUUUGCUUCUUUUUAAUAUCUAAAUUUGCAUCACUGGGCUGUAUAAGUACAAUAUUGUAUUUUGGCUGUUUUAGUUUUAAAGUAUGUCAUGUCAUGUAUUGUAUGUGUAUAUUGUGAAGUGAUGGUUUGAGAACUCUGAAGAGACGGUAAUAAAGCAACAAAUUAUGGCUGCAUUAUGCAUUGAUAAA